UUCUCUUUGAAACAUGAUAUGGAAACAGUCAGCAAUGUAACUGAAUUCAUCUUCUGGGGCCUUUCUCAGAACCCAGAUGUUGAGGAAGUGUGCUUUGUGGUGUUUGCCUUCUUCUACACAGUGAUCAUUUUGGGAAAUCUCCUCAUCAUGCUGACAGUCUGCACUGGCAAUCUGUUCAAGUCUCCCAUGUACUUUUUUCUCAACUUCCUGUCAUUUGUGGACAUUUGUUACUCGUCAGUCACAGCACCAAAGAUGAUUGUCGAUCUAUUAGUGAAGAAGAAAACAAUUUCCUAUGUAGGGUGCAUGUUGCAACUUUUUGGGGUUCACUUCUUUGGUUGUACUGAGAUCUUCAUCCUUACUGUUAUGGCCUAUGAUCGGUACGUGGCCAUCUGUAAACCUCUGCACUACAUGACCAUCAUGGACCGGGAGAGGUGCAAUAAAAUGUUGCUGGGAACGUGGGUGGGUGGAUUCUUACACUCCAUUAUCCAAGUAGCAUUGGUGGUCCAACUCCCCUUUUGUGGUCCCAAUGAGAUUGAUCACUACUUCUGUGAUGUGCAUCCUGUGCUGAAGCUGGCCUGUACAGACACCUAUGUUGUUGGUGUUGUGGUGACAGCCAACAGUGGUACCAUUGCGCUGGGCAGUUUCGUCAUCUUGCUAAUUUCCUACACCGUCAUUCUCUUGUCUCUGCGAAAGCGGUCAGCAGAAGGCAGGCUCAAAGCUCUGUCCACCUGUGGCUCCCACAUCGCUGUGGUCAUCAUCUUUUUUGGUCCCUGUACUUUUAUGUAUAUGCGGCCUGAUAUGAUCUUCUCAGAGGAUAAGAUGGUGGCUGUGUUUUAUACCAUUAUUACACCCAUGUUAAAUCCUCUGAUUUACACUCUGAGAAACACAGAAGUAAAGAAUGCAAUGAGGAAACUAUGGAGUAGAAAGGUUUCCUGGAAGACUAAUGGGAAAUAG